AUGAACGAAAAGGUUUACGACGAGAAAGCAGAAAGACUCUUCCCAACUCCAUCUCCUCCACCGACAGUACUUUGUCCACAGAGGUGGCCAGGAUUCAACUUCAAAUCAUUGACCGCGGUGCCGCACGUAUUGAUCGACAACUACACUCGAUAUCACAUCUUUAGGAAUUACAUCAAGUUUCACAACGGCCCCGUGAUGGAAGGAUUCUACAAGCGGGACAUCAAAAUUCAGAGAGAUGCCUUUGUAUCACCCCACCCAAUCACAUCGCAGAAUUUUGUUGACCAUCUCGGUGAUGAAAACUACUAUGAAGCAUAUACCACUUCCUUUGCUAAGGCCAUCGAAGAGAAGGCCGCCUCUGCAACUUUGGAUGAAUUCAUUUUUUCCGAGAAGUAUAACUUCCAGCCUGGAAGAGACGCGAAAAGCCACCCGGAGGUGUUGUGCCGAUUCGUAGAUGCAGUCAUGCAUCCAUUGAUUCAUUGUGGACAUGGCGUCGAAUUUGGUUUAAAAGGCACGCUUGCUGAGGGGCUUUCGAUGGCGGCAAUACACGAGGUUCGUUAUCCGGAUUUCCUUCCGUCGUCUAUGUUCGUCGCCCGGCCUAGCGAUGACAUCGGCGCUAUGAUGAACAAUUUUGCGUCGUCGGUACUCGAUGACCAGUCGUCUGCGAUGCCUCUCAAGGCACCAAGUGGACAAGAUACUCACUCUUUCUCAAUCCUUGCUCGAGUUCUCAAGGACCCCAGCCUUGCAAUCCGCGAUCACGUUCAGAAAUGGACAGUGGAUUCAUCCAGACCAGGAGAGAUCGAACGCAAGAUGGAAGAGUGUAUUGGGACCUCCUCGGUAAUAUAUGCUCUCGGAGGAUGGAGAAACGGUUUUCCCGCCGAUUUCUUCCUGAUGCAUAUGGUCACUUCAAGUAUCUUCCUCCCUUCACUCAUCGUAUACUUGUCUCCUCGAGCACAAGCCCUACUUCUUCGCGCAUACCUCUUAAGUGUUGUUGCAUGGUUCGUGGCACGCGGCCGCCCCCCCCUGAAUUUCAAGUCCUUCUUUGAGUCGACGCCCACGAUACCGAACCCCCCAAACAGCCUCGCUACAUCUAACUCAUUCCUUCCUCUCGUUCAAUCAUCUAUGAUGCAUCCCAGUGAGCAUCACCCCAAGAUCCAACGAGCUUUCGCAUACUUCUCCACCAUUUACGGGAUCCGGCCGAAAGGAUAUUUUGCCGAAACUGAACUAGAUGGGGCAGAAGAACUUGACGGCUCGUUGUUCGUGCGAGCAGCGGUGUUGAAUGCAGAUUAUAUGGGAUGGACUAGAGAAGGGGAAGAGGCGAGAAAUUGGAGUUACGAAGGGUUCUAUGUGUAAGUGGUGAGGGAGAUCGGAGCACAGUGACUGUUGGUUUGAAACAAGGGUGGGGGUUAGCUCAAGAUGAAUCUAACUGAUACUCCUUCAAGCUUCAGGUGUUAUGAUACGGCCAAGGUUCAGAACAGAAGAAGUCAGUGAUGUAUUACAACCCGCAGAAUCGUGUCAGAGAAAACGAAAAGGGCAUCUGGUAGUCAAGUAUACAACAGCUAAAGCUAAAGUACAGAGUCUGUGCGGCACUGUAACGAUUACAAAUCAUAUUAGCGGUGCCGGUAGACAUCCGUAGUGCGACACAAAAUCGUCCCCAUCAG